GUCAGUAGUGGCGCAAAAAUGGCCGAGGCUAACGUCUCAGAAGUAAAAAGACCCAAUAUGUUUUUGUUUGGCUGUACGCUGGAUACUUGUAAAAAAGUACACAGAAUUCAUAUAGAUGAUGAUGAAGCUGAUCACCAACUAUCACUGAAAACGGUGUGUUUAGGAGCAGAAGCAGAGGACACCUUCCAUACAGUUGAGAUAGAGGGCGUUAUGUAUGAUGGCAGGAUGACCAAAAUACCUCUUGCUGUGCUGAAGCCAUCAGUUCUGCCUUCUCUAAGUUUAGGGGGGUUUGAAGUUACUCCUCCAUUCACGUUCCGUUUGCUGUCGGGAACUGGACCAGUCUACAUCAGUGGGCAACAUUUUACAAGCUUCAAGGAGUGUACAUAUCAAGUAGAGGAGGAGAAUAACACAUCCCCUGUAAAGAGACCAUCCAGUAUGGCUCUUGGAAAAGUGCCACAGAAAAAGCUUAAAAUGGACUCGGAUGAUGAUGAGGAGGAGGAGGAGGAGGAGGAGGGCGACAGUGAAGAUUAUGAGGAGGAUGACAGUGAUGAUCAGGAUGAAGAUGAAAAAAUUGAUGUUGCAAAGACUUCCUUCACAUUUCAACAGAAAGCACCAGAGAAAAAGAAGAGUGCAGAUAAACAAAACAGCUCACCAGGGAAAAAAGAUGACAGAGCAGGAAAGCCUCAAAGCCAGGUUGUAGUAAAGGGUAACGACAGGACUGGACCAGGAGCUUCAGGGAAGACUUCAGGGAAGACUCCAGGGAAGACUCCCAGCAUAAAUGAGGUCAAGAGCAGAUUAGCAACAGCUGCUAAAGAGGGAAAAUCGCUUCCAAAGACUGAACAGAAGUUUGAGAACUAUGCUAAAAGUUCUUUUAAGAUAACGGAUAAACAAAUAAAGGACUAUGCAAUGCCCUCCGACAGAACCUCACACUACCUGAGUAAGUAGAUCAGCCCAAGCACAGGAGAUGACUGUGGGAACGCUUGUAUGGGUUGAACAGCUGCACAGCAUUAGAACGACACAGCAUUGAUGGACGCAGAAGGUUUAGUUUGUUGCUUCUGGAGUAGGCCGUGCAGUAUAUGAAGCAUAGGUAGGACAUGCUUUCAGACUUUUUCUUUAUAGUCUGGGCAGUCAGCCCCAAAAGCACUGGAGCAAAUCUUUCAUGUGUGUGAGCAUCCCACCCUACCUCGUCCUGUCAUUCUCGGUGGACUUAUCGUUAAAAUCUGGUGGUGUAACCUGAAUGAGAGUGAGACGUACACUUAUAGGCGAAGAUGCAUGAAAUAGUCUAAGUACUUUGUAAAUGCUCCAGCUCGUGUCUCUGGGGAGGUGAAUUGUGCAAGAACGGAGCUUUCACACUUCUUGGACCAUGUUACAAAUACAUAUGUGUUAAAUCCCAAUAAUCCAUCUAUGGCAGAUGAGUCUGUCUGGAUAAAGGUGGAAAGUGCAUGUUUUUACACGUGUCUGUAUAUGUAGAAGUGGUGCGAGUGUGUGUGUGUGUAUGUGUGUUCCAGUCCAUUCUCGCUCUUCAGCUCUGUGUUCUUAGCUGUUGGCAGUCCCGUACAUCAAAGUGACACGUUAACACCUAGA